AUGCCUACUACUCGUAGCGGUGCUACAUCGUCCGGAUCAUCUUCGCCUCCUGCCUUGGUUGGGCCUCCUGCCCCUCCACAGGACGCGGAGUCGACCAACCACCGGCGCGAACUGCCUCGUACCGAUAUCUGCUACAACUGUGGAGGAGUUGCAUUUUAUAUAUCAAUGCCUUACGGCACCGGACUUCAGCGCACGCCGCCGAGGCGGCCCUUCCAGCCCCUUUUGGUUGCUGUUCAACGCAUACGGCGGCGAUCCACAAUUGUUAUCUCCUGGAGACAGUCGUCCAUGCUCGUCAUGGCACUGACGCUCCCGAGUCUGCUGCUGGAGACAUGCGUUCCUGCGUAUACAAGGACGGCUCGUGUACCCUCUCCGACGGAUCGGUCAUUAUUUGGACUCCGGAUCCUGGUUUCGAAGAUGAAAGGCUUCCUCAUGGGAAAUGUCUGGAUCAGCGAAUCUAAAGAAUUCGCGCUAUCCUGGUCAAACCAGAGCCCAGUGGUACCCGAUUGCCGUCGGCAAGUGACAGUUACCGACCAGGGGUAUGCUAUUGCUUUCGUGCGCCGCGUUCCCCGUUCCCUAGAUGCAGGGCUACUUACCACUAACCAGUUAUCUGCCCAGUUACUGGCCGUGGAAGGUUCCGUUCACGAUGCAGUUACUGCUCUCUUUCACCAUGCAGUUCAAGCCCUGUGUGAACGUACGAAUGUUUUGGCAAUAGCUCUUCAUUCGGCACUUCGUACCGACCCCACUCUCACCAUGAGGAGUUUGAUUGGUCGCAAGGACAUCACCGCAGCCCACCUCGGUAAUGGUUUCGUCCAAGUUCGUCGUUGCAUUCCCGUCCCAGAUCAUGCGUUGCGCCUUCUUCCUUUCAACGGCACCUGUUUCUCGUACCCUAGUGUGGAAAUCACGCUUAGAAGUGGCUCCAUUUGGCGCGCCUUCCUCAAUCCCUCCACCGGAGUAAUCGUUGGUCUGCCGCAGACGAUCGAGGCUUCUUCUCCGCACCGAGAUCUCGCCGCCGUCCAGCUCGUCCGUUCGACUCCUCGCCCCCAGAAGAUCUCCUCCACGAUCGUCGCCUCAUGGUUCCAGCUCACUUCCAAGGUCCGGCUCACAUCUGAUACUCGACAACCAAUGCGAUCUCCUUCACUGUACUAA